AUGGAAAAAUCAAAAAAUUUCCGGAUCGAUGCUCUGCUAGCAGUCGACCCUCCGAAAGCCACCUCGGCACAGACUUCUCCGCUGGCUCUGGUCACGUCUCUCUCCGCCUCGGCGGCCACAUCUGGCAACAGCAGCAGCAGCGGCGGCGGCAGCAGUAGCGGCGGUGGCAGCAGCAGCAGCAGCAGCAGCUGCAGUCCCCCUUCCUCGGAGCACCAUACUGGAGGCUCGGACUGUCUGAGGACGGAGAGCCCGUCCCCGCCUCGGAUCCUCGCAGCCCACUGCGGACUGGUGCCCAAGCCAGGUUUCCUGAGCAGCGGCAGCGGCGCCGCUGGCCAUCACCACCACCACCCGGGUGCUGCCGCUGCAGCCGCAGCAGCGGCCGCAGCCGGGGGAAUGGCCCUGGGGUUGCACCCAGCACAGGGAGGAGCGGGGAUCCCCACCCAGGCGGCUCUCUAUGGUCAUCCCAUGUACAGCUACUCGGCUGCGGCGCUGGCCGGCCAGCACCCGGCUCUGUCUUACUCCUACUCCCAAGUACAAGGGGCCCACCCCACCCAUCCUGCAGACCCCAUCAAACUCAGCGCCGGCACCUUCCAGCUCGACCAGUGGCUCAGGGCGUCCACCGCGGGCAUGAUCUUGCCCAAAAUGCCCGAUUUUAAUUCCCAGGCACAGUCUAACCUUCUGGGAAAAUGCCGACGGCCCCGCACUGCCUUCACCAGCCAGCAGCUGCUGGAACUGGAACACCAAUUCAAGCUCAACAAAUACCUAUCCCGCCCCAAGCGCUUCGAGGUGGCCACAUCGCUAAUGCUCACCGAGACCCAGGUGAAAAUCUGGUUCCAGAACCGGAGGAUGAAAUGGAAACGGAGCAAAAAAGCCAAGGAACAGGCGGCGCAAGAGGCCGAGAAGCAGAAGGGAGGGGUGGGGAAAGGUGGAGGAGGGGAAGAGAAGGGAGAGGAGGAUCUGCUGCUACCCUCGGACAAGAGCAGCAGCCGCCGCCUGCGGGACUUGAGGGACAGUGACCCAGAGGAAGAAGAGGACGAGGAGGACGAGGAGGAAGGGCAUUUCUCCUACAAGAACAAUAACGCUGCCCACUCCUCGGAUUGCUCCUCUGAGGACGACUCUCCUCGCACAAGACCUGCGGGACCCGGGCAUCAGCCCCCACCCCAAUGA